GCCUAUAAGGGUUUAAAAUUAAUUUUUAAGGUCAUGGCAUUUUUCAUUGAUUGAAUAAUCGUAAUAAAUGAUCAUUAAUUUUUAGUCGCCUUCUUCUCUAGAUUAUUUAUAACUUUUAUAAAGAACUCUACCUAUAAAAACUCUAAAGUUUACUCCAAAGUGAAAUGCGCCAAAUAUUUACACUCCCACUCGCACUUAUUCGCAGACUUUUUGGAGAUUUCUCACUCUCUCCAAAGUAUUCCGCUCUCUAAAAAUACCAUUUUGGUACAGCUGUGCUCAAGAUAAUAGCCCUUAAGGUGAUAAUUACUUUAGUUUACAAUUUAUUAAAUUAAUAAUUUGUUAAUUAUGUACAAACUUUGCAGUUUAUUAUUUGUUAAGCAACCAAUAAAGUGUUCAUUUUGAACUCCAAAUUAUAAUGCCUAAAAUAGCUUAGUCUGUAAACUAACCACUCACAGAAGUUAACAAAUAUUUGGUUCCCAUGGCUAUAAUUUUGACCCUACCUGUACAGGUAUCUCCCCCUAGCACACUCCCCGCUCUCCAGAUAACCUCUCUUUCAAUCUCGAUCGACGACUUAACCAACGCUUACCGAUUUUCAACGGGCUCAGUCGGUUUUGGAACAACAAUGCAGGCGGACGCGUUUGUGGCUGGCUAAAACAGUAAAACACUAUAGAAACAUAGUCACAAAAUAAAGCUAGAACGCGCUCGAAGUGAUCGUCGUCGUACAAACAAUAGCAACAACAAAAACAACAACGUCAAAAAAAAAACACACAUCGACAGCAACAACAAAACGGAAGUGAAAAAUUCGCGUUUUUUCACACAACAUUUUUGCAUUUUCCGCCCGUUAGACACAAUUGUCUAAGCCCCUUACAAAAGGCCCCCAUUGUGAGGCACUUGUCCCGUUCCGAACCCUAUCCCAAUCGGAUCCGAUCCCAUCCAAUCCGUAGACCGUAUUUCGUGGAUCGGCCAACUGACGCGCCGGGCUCUCCCAUGUAUUUCGGAAAUGAAAUUAGAAAUUGAAAACAGCUCAUUGGCGAAUUGGCAUCAUCCGUGGAUAUGGCUGCAAACGGUUUUCAAAUCGAUUCCACCCAACUUGAUGGUGCGAUGGCGGAACAACACUGACGCCAUGAUCGAAGCCCAGUACCCGACCGCUGGAGAAUUCGAAUACAUGGAGUGUGGACCAUCGCCGCCGGCGGAGAGUGCGCCGAGCAUGUACGAUAGCUUCGAGGAACCAACGAGCGAGCUGAGCGUCCAGAUAUGCAACGAUACUCUGCGCAUCAGUCUGAUCGACCAGAUGAAGAGUGCCGCGGGACGUGUCAAGCUCUUCGAGGACAUCGAGCAGAGCAACGUGGUGGCCGAGGGCAUCCGGGCGCACUUUGAGUCCGCCUCGAAGCUGGAGAAGAAUCUCAGUUACCUGUGGGCCGCGUACCUCAAGCGCUGGGAUCUGAUCGAGAGUCUGCUGGAAGCAGGAGCCGACCUGCACUUCUGCGAUCAGAAUGGUAUAUCUGCCUUGCAUCUGAGUGCCUUCAGUGGCUGUUUGGCAACUUUGGGUCUUCUAGUGGCCAAGGGCUUGAACGUUAAUCUGCAGUCUAAGUGCUAUACACCGUUGCAUUGUGCGGCCUUUGGAAAUGCGGCAGAGGCGGCCAAGUUAUUGAUCAACAAUGGAGCCGAUAUAUCCAAGGACACAAACAAGCCAAAUUGCGAAGAGAGUCUGCUGCAUUGCGCCGUGCGAUCCAAUGCACUAGAGUGCCUGCAGAUCUUUAUUGGCGAAGGCGCCGAUGUCAACUCGCUCAAACCAAAUGGUACUAAUGCCAUUCACCUGGCUGCUGAUCUGGGCAACCUCCAGUGCCUGGAAGCCUUGCUGAAUGCACCCAAUGCGGAUGCCAAUGUGCGUAUCUGCAUCCGGGAAAAGGAGUCCACGGCCUUGCAUCUGGCUGCAGAUGAGGGUAAUGUGGAGUGUGUGGACUUACUUCUAGCUAAAGGUGCAGAUGCCAAGUUGAAGAAUCAUCGAGGUUUUACACCUCUUCAUCUGGCAGCUAGAACUUCUAGCUUGGAUUGCGUGGAGUCCCUUCUUAGGAAUGGCAAUGCUGACGCCAAUGCGGAGGAUUUCGAUCAUCGUACUCCACUUCAUGCGGCAGUGGGGAAGUCCGAGAAUGCCUACGAUAUCAUGGAGACCCUCAUCCAGUGGGGUGCCAAUGUCAACCAUAAAGAUAUCUAUGGUUUUACUGCUCUCCAUCUGGCUGCUUUGGAUGGGCUAGUGCAGUGCGUCGAAAUGCUGAUAUUCCAUGGAGCAGAUGUUACGACAAAAUCAAAGAAGGGCACCUCUGCGCUGAACGUAAUCACACGGAAGACUCCGGCCUCGGUGGCCAUGAUCAGGCAGAAACUAGACGCAGCCAUUACGCUGCAUCACUCGCAGGACCCCGUAAAUCGCGAAGUGGAGUUGGAACUGGACUUCCGUCAGCUGCUGCAGCACUGUCAUCCACGCGAGAUCAGCUACCUGAACACAUUCGUCGACGAGGGACAGAAGGAGAUCCUAGAGCAUCCGCUCUGCUCCUCGUUCCUGUAUAUCAAAUGGGGCAAGAUCCGCAAGUACUACAUUGGCAGGCUAAUCUUCUGCUUCAGCUUCGUGCUCUUCCUCACACUCUACGUGCUGACAGCUUUGGCCCAUAAUUGCUACAAUGGCAGCAAGAACGACAAUACCACCAUUCCGGCGCAGGAAUUAUGCCAGAAGCAAUCGAUCUUGGGAGACAUGCUAAGGAACAACCCAUUCGUGAUGGAGAUGCAGUGGUGGGUUCUGGUAGCAAUCACUAUAGUUGAGAUAUUUCGAAAGCUAUAUGGGAUUACGGGCUACUCCUCAUUUCGACACUAUGUGACCCAGGUGGAGAACAUUAUGGAGUGGUUCGUGAUUACCAGCGUAUUUGUUAUAUCUUAUAUCUACACCAACAAGACGUACACGUUCCAAAACCAUAUAGGCGCCUUUGCCGUGCUGCUUGGAUGGACGAAUCUGAUGUUGAUGAUAGGUCAGCUUCCGGUCUUCGAUGUCUACGUAGCUAUGUAUACCAGAGUCCAGGGAGAAUUCGCUAAGUUGUUUAUGGCCUACUCCUGUAUGCUGAUUGGUUUCACCAUAAGCUUCUGUGUCAUCUUCCCUUCGUCGUCGUCAUUUGCCAAUCCUUUCAUGGGUUUUAUAACGGUGCUGGUGAUGAUGAUUGGUGAACAGGAUCUUUCACUACUGAUCAAUGAUCCCGAAGGCAAAGAUCCACCGUUUCUGCUGGAAGUCAGUGCACAAAUCACCUUCGUACUGUUUCUACUGUUUGUGACCAUCAUUUUGAUGAAUCUGCUCGUGGGUAUUGCAGUUCAUGAUAUCCAGGGAUUAAAGAAGACAGCUGGGUUAUCUAAGCUAGUGAGGCAGACUAAACUUAUCAGCUACAUAGAGUCGGCGCUAUUUAAUGGCUAUCUGCCCACCUGGCUAAGGAACUUGCUUCAUUACACGGCCUUGGUCUCUCCACAAGCAUAUCGGGUUGUUCUAUGCGUUAAGCCGCUGAAUCCCAGCGAGAAACGUCUACCCAGGGAAAUCCUAAUGAAGGCCUAUGAAGUGGGAAAGAUGCGCAAGCACUUCGGUCAUACGGUGUCCUCCAAAAAUUCAGCCGAGAAUUAUUUAUCGUACAAGAAUAAGUAUAACAACAAUAAUGGAGCUACGACGGGAUAUGUGCUUCCCGAUGCGGAUCCAGAUGCAGGCCAAUUCACCACACUGACCACCAAGAUCGAUGAUAAUGCAGAUCGGAUCGAGUUCCUCACCCAGGAGAUCCAGGAGUUGAAGCAGGCGCUCAUCUCGCAGCAACAACAGGCCAGCAAAGUGAUCGACAAGCUGCUGAUUGUGAUAUCCAAUCAGCAGAAGCAGAAUCUGCGCAAGUAGCAGGAGCAUUUAGUGCACUCCUUUUUGGAAUAUUUAUAGAUCAGACUUAGAUGUUUCCUAGACCUAAGGGGAUCGUUUCGGUCCCAACAGAAAUCCAGAACAUUGUUGAUAUUAUAUCGUAGCAGCGAGUUGUAGUUAAACCAAUUUUGAUAUCGAUGCGCCUGGCGCCCUAUACAUACAUAUAUAUAGCCAUAUACCAACACCAUACUACACUAUUAUCGAUACAAAUACUAUAACUAGCAGUUAGUUAAAUUAGAGGCGAGCAGUUGGCAGGAUUGAUUUGUGGCUGGUUUCAGGCUGUGUCUUUGUUGUUUUGGCGUUGUCGUCAGAGAAUCGUUUAUAUAGUAAUUUAAUGCAAAUUAUUAUUCUUAAUAAAAUAUAUGCUAUAUCUAUUGUUA